AUGGAAGUGGCAUCUCCCUCCGAUCGAGAUCCGCAGGCAGGGCUGCACCCCUCCGCCGGCUCCAGCUCCAGCUCCAACCCCAUCUCCAGAGACAGUAACAUGGCUAGAAAGUUACAAAAUGCAGCAUGUCUAACUAUGCGAGUACUACAACAAAUCACAGAUAAUUUCUCCGAGAAGCGAAAAAUUGGUCAAGGCGCAUAUGGAACAGUUUACAAGGGGGUGCAUGCCAGUGGGGAAGAGAUAGCUGUAAAGCUGCUCCAUAAUAACCUGCAAGGAACUGACGACGAGCAAUUCAAACGUGAGUUUGAAAACCUUAUGAGGCUUGAUCAUCACAACAUUGUACAGUUAGUUGGCUAUUGCUACGAAACACAUCAUAAACCUAUGCUGCAUAAUGAAGAAACCAUUUACGCUGAAGAAACAAACAGAGUGCUCUGUUUUGAGUAUAUGCGAAAUGGGAGCCUUCAAAAGCAUAUUUUUGAGGAAUGUGAUGGACUUGACUGGCACACACGUUAUGAAAUUAUCAAAGGGACAUGUGAGGGCUUAAAAUACCUUCAUGAAGGAUUCAAAGAACCAAUUUACCAUAUGGACUUAAAACCUGACAAUAUACUGCUAGAUAAGAAUAUGAUGCCAAAACUAGCAGAUUUUGGCUUGUCUAAGCUCUACGAUGGAGAACAAUCGAUGAUCACUCAAAGUCUUGCGGGAACAAUUGGAUACUUGCCGCCAGAAUAUUUGUUUGAACACGUAGUCUCGAAAAAGCUGGACAUAUUCAGUCUGGGUGUUGUAGUGACAAAGAUAAUUACGGGACCUAGAGGCCCCACCAGAAGGGCUGAAAUGACACACCAAGAGUUUACUAAUCAACAACAAUAUUAUCAGGGAUGUUGUAGCGCAAGGAAGUGA